CUCAAACUCAGCAGCCUACCGUGCUACCACCCGACAGUGGCACUCUCGACCUCGCCGCAUCCUCCACCCGCUCGCCGGCACCAAACCUCCUCGCCGUCUCGCCCCUCGCCCACCAUGCUCUCGUUCCUCUCCGCCUUCAGGCGAGCCGCCCCGCACGAGCCGUUGGCCAUUUUCAACGUCCAAGUACGCCACGCCACGAAGCGUGGUGGGGGCAGCUCAAAGAACGGGCGCAAUUCCAUCGGCAAGCGGCUUGGCAUCAAGAAAUACGGCGGCCAGGAGGUCCAGGCGGGCAACAUCCUCGUCCGGCAGCGCGGCACGUCGUGGCACCCGGGCCAGCACGUCGCGCGUGGCCGCGACCACACCCUCUUUGCGCUCGUGCCGGGCUUUGUCACGUACUACCGCGGGCCCAAGCAGACGGGCGGCGGCGUCGGUGGCGGCGGCAAGGAGCGCAAGCUCGUCGGCGUCGUGCCGACGAGCCGCGACGAGCGCCUGCCGCGCGACGAGCGCGCGCUCGGCCGCAGCCGGUACUUUGGCGGCGUCGACCUCAACAGCGAGGGUGGGUUUUCGGCGGCGGCGGCGGCGCGAGAGGAGGGCGAGUUCCUGGGCGAGGACGAGCUGCAGCGCUUGAUCGCGCAGGCGACCGAGGGCCAGCAGCAGCAGGGCGAGGCACGCGCGUAGAGGCUCGCCGUCGACACGUUGUUGUAUCACCCUUUUCUCUCUC